AUGUCUCACGGCAAACAGUUCACUCUUUUCUCUCACAAGAGAGGCCCGAACGGAUGGAAGGUCGCCUUGGUCCUUGAGGAACUUGGCUUGACCUACGAGUCGGUAUAUCUCGACUUCCAGAAGAGCGAACAGAAGGCUCCCGAGUUCAUCAAGUACAACCCGAACGGGCGUAUCCCUGCGCUGAUUGACCACAGCAACAGUGACUUCAUCGUCUGGGAGUCCAAUGCUAUUAUCCAGUACAUUGUCGACAAGUACGAUAAGGGGCACAAGCUGUCGAUCGCGCCUGGCACUGACGAGUACUACAUUCAGCUCCAAUGGCUCUAUUUCCAAGCAUCUGGCCAAGGCCCAUACUUCGGCCAGGCCGGCUGGUUCACGUUCUACCACCCGGAGAAGGUCCCGAGCGCGAUAGAGCGGUACAAGAACGAGAUUAAGCGUGUUUUUGGUGUCCUGGAGAGCGUGCUGUCGACGCGGGAGUGGCUCGUCGACAGCAGACUAACCGUCGCAGACCUUUCCCUUGUACCGUGGAAUCACCUCACUACUCCGCAUCUCGAGGAUGUUGACUUUGAGAAGGAGUUCCCAGCCACCGCCAAAUGGCACAACAAGCUCCUCAAGCGCCCAGCCGUCGAAAAGGUCUGGGCGGAGCGCACCAGGCUGCUCGCCCAGCCGUGA